CUUCCCCCUUCACUUUUUCUUUUUCUUUUUCUUUUUCUUUUUCUUUUCUAUUAAAUACAUUUUUUGUUUUACUUUGUUUUUGCACCACAGUCUUCGAUUCUUUGAACUCUUUCCCUUCGAUUUUGUCUUUCUUCUUUUGAUUACUAGGUCUACAGGAUAAAUCUCAAAAAAACCCUGAGUUUAUCUUGAUGUAAAAACAGUAGUGAGUGAAGUUUUGUGAACCGUGUUAAUGAAAGAAAAGGUUGAAGAUUAGUUUGUAAAGUUUUUGUUUUUUUGUUUUUCUGGUCUAGGUUCCUAUAAUUAUAAUUUGUUGUUGAUAUAUUUCUGGGUUAUUGUUUGAUUUUGAAAUGGUUGGGUGUUUCUCUUGUCUUGGACCAUCGGAUAAGGGGGAAAAUAAAGGCGUUAAAGAAAGUUCAAAGAAAGAUGGUUCUGGUCCUCAAUCUCGUAAUACUAGUAAAGUUAGUUCAGAACAACCUGAAUCUCAAGGUGGAGGUGUUGCUAAGAAGGAAAAACUACUCCCUGUUGAUGGUUUAACUCCAAAUAUUGCUGCUCAUACUUUCAAAUAUCAAGAGCUAGCUGCUGCCACAAAUAAUUUUAAGGAAGAGUGUGUUUUAGGUGAAGGAGGAUUUGGACGUGUAUAUAAGGGUUAUCUUGAAAGCACUGAUCAGGUAGUUGCAGUGAAACAGCUCGACAGGGAUGGCCUUCAAGGGAACAGAGAAUUCUUGGUGGAGGUUCUCAUGCUCAGCCUCUUAGACCAUUCUAACCUUGUCAAACUGAUUGGUUAUUGUGCUGAUGGAGACCAACGACUCCUUGUAUACGAGUUAAUGCCAUUAGGGUCAUUGGACGAUCAUUUAUACGAUCUUCCACCCAACAAGGAGCCUCUGAAUUGGAUUACAAGGAUGAAGAUUGCAGAGGGUGCAGCUAAAGGCUUGGAGUACUUGCAUGACAAAGCCAACCCUUCUGUAAUUUACAGGGAUUUAAAAGCAUCCAAUAUUCUCCUGGGUGAAGGGUUUUAUCCAAAGCUGUCAGAUUUUGGUCUUGCCAAACUUGGUCCUACUGGCGAUAACACCCAUGUUUCUACAAGAGUGAUGGGAACAUAUGGUUAUUGCGCUCCAGAGUACGCCAUGACUGGCCAACUCACUUUAAAAUCUGAUGUUUAUAGUUUUGGUGUAGUUUUGCUAGAGUUGAUCACUGGGCGCAAGGCAAUUGACAACAAUCGAGCCGUUAAAGAGCGUAAUCUUGUUGCAUGGGCACGACCAUUAUUUAGAGACCGUAGAAUGUUCCCGGAAAUGGCUGACCCACUCUUGCAAGGACGCUAUCCAAGACGUGGUCUUUACCAAGCUCUUGCUGUUGCAGCAAUGUGUUUACAAGAACAAGCUGUCAGUAGACCUCAAAUUGCAGAGGUUGUGACUGCUCUUUCAUAUUUAACUUCUCAAACUAAUGCAGCAUGGGAUAAAAACAAAGCGGGUCCAUCUUCUAACCCUUCAACCAUGCACAUUGAUAAAGAAAGUGGAAAUGAAGUUGGAAAUGGUAGGGAGAAUAACGUUUUUGAGUCCCCUCGUCAAAACUCUCCAAAUUUGAGACACAACAGAGAAGCAGGUUAUGAGCAAGGAAUGAAGCUCAGGUUAAACAAAUCAGAGGAACAAAGUUCUCAUCAGGACAGCUCUAGUAAUUUGCCGAAAGCAAGGGAAACAGUGAAGAGUCCGAACAACCGUGACUUGGAUAGAGAACACGCAGUUGCAGAGGCAAAAUUAUGGGGUGAGAAUUUGAGAGGAAGGAAGCGUGAGAAUUCAGUAGGUAAUAGCUUUGACAGUACUAAUGGAACUAUAAUGUAAGAUUGUUAUGCUUGUAUCUCAAACCCGACAUUGUUGCCGUAUAAUGAAGCUGUCGACAUUAAUUAUACGACAUUGUUGUCGUAUAAUUGAUGGAUAAAAAAUAUCCAUUAAUCAAUGGACACAAUUAGUGCAAA